AGCUCAGUUAUUGUGCGAGUUUUCGAAUUGAAAGACCUCCCGUAAAAAAAUACAAUAUCUAUCAAUAUGGAUCGUUGGUUGAAUCGCGUUGCUGUGGUCACGGGUGCCAGUUCUGGGAUCGGUUCCGCCUGCUGCAAGGAUCUGGUGGCCAAGGGCAUGGUCGUCGUGGGGUUGGCUCGUCGGGAGGAGCGCUUGAAGGAGCUAAAGGAAUCUCUGCCGGCAGAUCAACAAGCCCGCUUCCAUGGCCGAAAGUGUGACGUCAGCGUGGAGCAGCAGGUGAUCGAUGCCUUCGCAUGGGUAGAUGAGACCCUUGGAGGUGCUGAUGUCCUGGUGAACAACGCCGGCAUCACUACCGGUUCCCUCAUCACGGAUCCCAACAAUGCCGCAGACAUGCGAGCCGUUCUUGACACCAAUGUACUGGGAUUCGUGUGGUGUGCCCGCGAAGCCUUCCGAUCGCAGCAGACGCGCAAUGUCACCGAUGGCCAUGUGGUAGUCGUCAACAGCGUUGUUGGUCACAAAAUUCCUGUGGUGCCCGGCUUCAACUUCAAGAUGUAUGCCCCUUCCAAGUUCGCGGUCACCGCUUUGGCGGAGGUCCUGCGUCAGGAGUUCCAGGUGAAGAAGACCCAGACCAAGAUUACGAGCAUAAGUCCCGGCGCCGUCGACACAGAGAUCAUUGAUGAGAAAAUCAAGGAGGUCAUUCCAAACUUUCCCAUGCUGCGCGCCGAGGAUGUCGCCGAUGCAGUGUCCUAUUGCAUCCAGACGCCUCCCAAUGUGCAGAUCCAUGAGCUGACAAUCAAGCCAGUCGGGGAAUCGUUUUAAUUGAGCCUUCUGUGGAAUUGGACCUUCAUGGAAGUCUAAUCGAGGAAACUGCUUGCAUGAAAAUGGAAAGUGGAAGCCAGUGCAAGCAAUUUGUUUAUCACUAAGCAUUCCACACAAACCCGUAUUGAUGUAAAUGAAGCAAAUUCGUCUUCGGGUUAACAAGUGAAAGUAAAUAAAUGUAUCCGCACUA